UGAUGCUGCUGCUGCUGCUGUGAGGGAGAGAUGCUGAGCGCGUUUGGACGAGCAGCCUCACCUCCCCUCUCGCUCCACAGCUCCUCCUCUGUCGCCAGUCAGCGGUCACAUUUCGCUCAAUGAGAGCAAGAGGCCACCGGAGAGGAUUUCCUGAUCUCAACGUGCGGCUGAGCGCGGCUGUUUUCCCCUCUCCUCUGCCCAAGCAGAGGCUAAUAUGAAGACAUCAUUUGGCCGACCCGAUCCCGGAAAGCACCUGAAGUCUGCUAAACACAUUUGAAACCGAGGAAUCGCGCCAUGCAUCAUCGCUGCUGGUAAAACCUGCUUCCCACUCUCCCCUCGUUUCUGAGUACCUGCUGAGAGUGAGGACACCAAGAGCUGCACAGACAUGGGUUCAGAUCAACCCUGGAUGGACUCUCCAGAGCAAAGACCCGUUCUGGGUCCUGUCCGUAAGCCGCCGGGCCGGCGGUGUCUGCGGAAAAAGCUUAGGCCUGUGCGAGUCGUAGGGUUCGUCCUCAGUCUGGUGGCCUUAAGUGUCGUCUCCCUCAGUGCCUUGAACUGGAGCUCAGGUGUUCUCAGCGAGCCGGCGCUCCACCAGGAGAUCCACCUUCAGUCGGCCCCUCACCGGACCCUACUUUUCACCCAAAACCAGAGGGACCCAAAUAUGUCAGAUGACAUGCCCAUAGCCAUGAAAUCUACAGCAGAUGGCAAUAACAGUCAGGGGGAUUACCCACCAGAUAUUUUCAGCCUCGACGAGAGGCGCCAAGGAGCAGUGAUCCUACACAUGUUCGGCAUGAUCUAUAUGUUCAUCGCCUUAGCCAUUGUGUGUGAUGAGUUCUUUGUCCCGGCGCUGACUGUCAUCACAGAGAAGCUCACCAUCUCCGACGAUGUUGCGGGGGCCACCUUCAUGGCGGCAGGUGGCUCGGCCCCAGAGCUCUUCACUUCCAUCAUCGGCGUCUUCAUCUCCCAUAGCAACGUGGGCAUCGGGACCAUCGUGGGCUCCGCCGUCUUCAACAUCCUCUUUGUCAUCGGAAUGUGCGCCAUCUUCUCCAAGGAGAUCCUCAACUUAACAUGGUGGCCACUUUUCCGCGACGUGUCCUUCUAUAUCCUGGAUCUCAUCAUGCUCAUCAUCUUCUUCCUGGAUAACAUCAUCUCCAUGUGGGAAAGUAUCACGCUGCUCUCUGCCUAUGCUGCCUAUGUGAUCUUCAUGAAGUGUAACAGCACGAUUGAGAGCUUCGUCAAAGAUUGCGUGCACAAGAACCAAGUGGUGGAAGUGGAGGUGCAGCCCAAGGCAAGUCCUGGAACACCAGAGGAUGACGGGAAGUUGUCGACCAGACCCCGGCUGCAGCGGGGAGGCAGUUCUGCCUCCUUGCACAACAGCUUGAUGAGAAACAGCAUCUUCCAGCUGAUGAUUCACACGCUGGACCCUUUAAGCGAAGAAUUUGCUGACUCUGAGCUUGGGACUUAUGGGAAACUAAAAUAUUAUCACUCAAUGACUGAGGAAGGUAAAUUUCGAGAGAAGGCAUCCAUCCUUCACAAGAUUGCUAAGAAGAAAUGCCAAGUGGAGGACAGUGAAAAGGCCAACGGAGUAGCAAGUUGUUCAGAUAAGAACCUCCCGAACAGCUCCAGCGUGGAAGUAGAGGUCACCCCACCCAUGAACGGAACAGCCGGCCAAGAGGGGGAAACGGCGGAAGAUGAGGAAGAAGAUGACCAGCCUCUGAGUCUGUCCUGGCCCGAAUCCUGCCGCAAGCGCUUGACUUACCUCCUGAUCAUACCCAUCGUCCUCCCCCUUUGGAUAACAUUGCCUGACGUCAGGAAAACGUCAUCAAAAAAGUUCUUCCCCGUUACAUUCGUGGGUUCCAUCUGCUGGAUUGCAAUAUUUUCCUACCUAAUGGUGUGGUGGGCUCACCAGGUUGGAGAGACCAUUGGGAUUACGGAGGAGAUUAUGGGCCUGACUAUAUUAGCAGCUGGAACCUCCAUCCCUGAUCUCAUCACUAGUGUCAUAGUGGCACGCAAGGGUCUGGGUGACAUGGCUGUAUCCAGCUCCGUGGGCUCCAACAUCUUUGACAUUACUGUCGGACUGCCAUUCCCCUGGCUCAUGUGGUCCUUCCUCAAUGAUCUGAGACCGGUGCAAGUCAGCUCCAACGGCCUCUUCUGUGCCAUCGUACUCCUCUUCCUCAUGCUGCUCUUUGUCAUCAUCUCCAUCGCCGCGUGCAAGUGGCGCAUGAGCAAGCUCCUCGGCUUCAUCAUGUUCUUGUUGUACUUCGUCUUCCUGGUGGUCAGCGUCAUGUUAGAAGACAAGGUGAUCACCUGUCCGGUGUCCAUCUGAGCACCUGUCUCCGGGCUGCCUCCUCUCCAUUAUCAAUGCCAAAAGUACCACCCAACAACCAUCCGUUUUGUCUGCUGUCGCCGGUCUCAACUGACCCUUGUGAUCCUUUACACCGGGAAUAAAAGAAGAGGAAAUGUACAUGAGAAUAAUACGGAAACAUGGAAAUCUCCCCUGUAUUUCCAGUUAACAGAUGGUGGCGGGCGGGAAGAGGUGAAACCAACAACACAAGACAAUGGCUUCUUCAUAUAACGUGCCGAGUCCUGAGUGGAUUUUUAUUUAUUAUUUCUUCACUGGCAGGUGAGGAGGGGUGGGCGUGGCAGGGUGAAGGGUGUAUGCCAAAUAAAGACAUGUUAUGCAUGCCGUAGGUUUCUCUGGGUGAGCUGGAAUCCAGAUUUCGCCUGGUUUUGUUGGUGAAAGUCACCUCCUGUGGGGAAAAUAAAUGAAUAAAUAUUAAACUCUUAAGAACAAAUGCAGUGACUGAGCUAAAACUGUGAGCCCAUUUAAGCGCACACGCUUGUUCAACAGGCUGGUACGCCAUUGCCAAGAGUGAAUAUUGGAUGUGGAUGAAUUUUAUGGAUGAGAACAUUGCAGACGGUGCAGAUGAGUAUUUUGUUUUGGACGCUUCUCUGUCUCUGAUGGUAUUGAGUGGAAAGAGUCUCUCGUGGACAUCGCACCUGGGCGACAAGGAGGUCUCUUUAGUGGGUAAAAACAGACUGUUUCACACAGAUCUGCCUGUGCACAGCCCGAGUGACGAGUUUGAGCUCCCCUCUUUCCUGCCAGAUGUCAUUUUAGACUGCAGAACAGUUCUUCAGAGGAUUUUUAUUUCAUUUCAUUUCAUUUUUUUGUCUCAUUUUCAUUAAACAUUAGAAGUAGCAUUAGAUACUGUAGCAGUAUUAGCUCAUGUGGAACCAUGUUGGCAAUUUGCACCUUUCUUUUGUUUUUGCCAUUGAACACACUGAUUUUACAGAACUUCUCAUGCUUCACAGGCACCAUUAAAAAAAGAAAAAAAAAGAAGAAAAAUAGGCAAGAACAAAAAAAACAACCCUAACUAAAGUUUAGCCUCUCAAAAAUAUAUGUUAGCCUUCAAUAUCUCGUACUGGUCCGGGAAAAAUAAA